ACCCUGGAUUAUAGAGUAACUUCGGUUUGCAGGAAAAGAGAAUCAGAGCCAAUCGGUGAUUUCGUAAAGUUGACCAAUCAGAGGCAAUCUUACAGAAAAAAAAGAGCAAAAUCUCCAAGUCUUCAGAACAAACACUGGAACCCAGGCAGUGAUACAUUGUUACUUUUGCCUCCUAAAGAUAGUAAGAUUUCUGUACCGGCAAGUUUGACAGAGAAUGCAGAGUGGGAAAGAGGAAGGAAUCUCUUACUACGUGGGUAUAGAUGUGGGGACGGGUAGCGCGCGUGCGGCUUUGGUCGACCAAUUUGGGACCGUGGUGCACCAGGCAGAAGAACCAAUACAAAUUUGGGAACCUCAUGCCGACCACUAUGAGCAAGCAUCUAGUGACGUCUGGGCGGCUUGUUGCCACGUUGCCAAGAAAGUUGCCCAAUUUGCAGGAAGCGGACACAUUCGAGGACUGGGUUUUGAUGCGACCUGCUCCCUCGUGGUGUUGGAUAAACAGUUCCGGCCGCUAGCGGUAAAUGCUGAAGGUGAUCGCCGUAGAAACGUGAUAAUGUGGAUGGACCAUCGUGCCGGAUCCCAGGUGAAUCGGAUUAACGGCACGAAACACAAGGUGUUGGAUUAUGUCGGAGGCGUGAUGUCGGUGGAAAUGCAGCCUCCUAAACUUCUCUGGUUAAAGGAAAACUUGCGCAAAGAAUGUUGGGAUAAAUCUGGACAAUUCUUUGAUCUUCCCGACUUCCUAACGUGGAAAGCAACCGGGGUCCCGGCGAGAUCUUUUUGCACGCUGGUCUGUAAAUGGACCUACUCACCGGAAAAGGGCUGGGAUGACACUUUUUGGAAGGAGAUUGGAUUAGAAGACAUUCUUGAAGACAACUAUGCAAAAAUAGGAAACCAAGUCCGGCUUCCAGGAGCUCCUAUAGGGAACCGUCUGACAUCUGAGGCUGCCAAGGAUCUCGGCCUUCCCGAAGGAAUCGCGGUGGCUGCUUCGCUCAUCGACGCGCACGCUGGUGGGCUCGGUGUGAUUGGAGCAGAUGUGAAAGGCCAUAGCCUCGCUUGUGAAAAUCAACCAAUCACGUCCAGGCUGGCGCUGAUCUGCGGAACAUCUUCUUGUCACAUGGCGAUCAGCAAGGAGCCAAUCUUUGUCCGUGGGGUCUGGGGGCCAUACUAUUCAGCCAUGGUCCCAGGGUUUUGGUUAAAUGAAGGCGGUCAAAGUGCUACUGGAAAACUGAUUGAUCAUGUUGUAAGGGGACACGAGGCAUUCAGAGAUUUACAGCAGAAAGCCGAUGCCAGAGGCCAGCAUAUAUAUACAUACUUAAACCAUCACCUGGAUCAAAUUAGAAAGUCUGAGCCGGUGGGAUUUCUUGCUGCUAAUUUACAUGUUUGGCCUGAUUUCCACGGUAACCGCUCUCCUUUAGCAGAUCUUACGAUGAAGGGCAUGAUAGUCGGCCUGACGUUGUCUAAAGGUCUCGAUAAUCUGGCUCUUCUGUAUUUGGCUACAGUCCAAGGAAUUGCGUUGGGAACGAGACACAUUUUAGAAGCGAUGCAGGCGGCGGGACAUCAGAUCAGCACUUUGUUUCUCUGCGGUGGGCUCAGCAAGAACCCCCUGUUUGUGCAGAUGCACGCUGACGUUACCGGGUUGCCAGUGGUUUUGUCCAAAGAAGUGGACUCUGUUUUAGUAGGAGCCGCCAUUCUUGGAGCUUGUGCGUCUGGCGAUUUUACGUCCGUCCAGGAGGCUAUGGAGACAAUGUCCAAAGUGGGGAAGGUCAUUUUUCCCAAUGAACAACACAAAAGGUUUUACGACAAGAAGUAUCGGGUGUUCCUGAAGCUGGCGGAACACCAGCGGGAAUAUCGCGCUAUUAUGGGAGAUCUUUAAUCCAGGCGUGUGGCGUGUGACGUGGCCAGAAUCUCAUCGACACAAAGAGGACUUUUUAACCCCUUAAUGCAUUGUUUUCAAUGGGUUUAGGGACCGCCCAUUGUCCUUAAGGGGUUAAUAAACCGAUCGAUCGGAUCGCAGGAUAUGAAUCAUGUAUCAGAAA